AUGACUGAGAAUCCAAUACCCGUGCAAGUAUACGUAUAUGACCUUUCGAAUGGACUUGCAGCAGCUUACUCCCCUGUUCUUCUUGGAACACAGAUAGACGCAAUCUACCACACAUCUGUGGUGUUCAACAACAAAGAGUAUUAUAUCGAUCAAGGUAUUAAGGUGUGCGAUCGGCCAGGAUCCACUAAAUACGGUACCCCGCGGGAAAUAUUGAAUAUGGGAGAGACUUACAUCCCUCAGGAAGUUUUGGAUGACUUUCUUGACGAUCUCAGAAACCAUGAAGAUCAAAAAUACCAUGCGCUGCGGUACGAUUUGUUCGAUAACAACUGCAAUCACUUCACCGAUGUCCUUCUUGAUUUCUUGGUGGGGAAAAACUUGGAGGACCGGAUUCUAAGCCUCCCACAAAAGGUAUUAAAUACUCCAAAUGGGCAAAUGCUAAAGACUCUCUUAGCAGGCAAGAUGCUAUAA